ACCUUUGAUCACGUCUAGCAUGAAGAUGUUGUCAUGGACUGAAUGUUCAACGAUAUAGAUCCAGGAAUCCUUCUUUGCAACAUAUCGUCGGUGUGUUUCUGCUCCCUUAUGGACAUUAAUUCUCACCCUCCUCUCUGCUGUCUGUCCUCCGGUGGCCCGCGGGCCGGGAGCCUCUGUGACGCAGGAGAGAGCAGGACUUUCCGGGUUCUGCUGUCAAUACUAACGGGGAUGAGAUGUGUGUGUUCUGAAUUUCAUUCUGAGGCAUCAUCGUUAAAUUAAACUUGCACAAUGAGGAUCUUCGUGUCUCUGCUGAAAAGCACCAACCCUAAAAUCGAGUUUUACUCCAGGUUCUCCCCCUCCCCUCUCUCCAUUAAGCAGUUUCUGGAUUUUGGCCGGGACAAUGCUUGUGAGAAAACGUCGUACAUGUUCCUGCGUAAGGAGCUGCCGGUGCGUCUGGCCAACACCAUGAGGGAGACCAACCUGCUGCCGGACCCCCUGCUGGGCAUGCCCUCCGUCAGACUGGUGCAGAAAUGGUACAUGCAAAGCUUCGUGGAGCUGCUGGAGUAUGAGAACAGAAAGCCGGAGGACCCUCAGGCUCUGAACGAUUUCCUGGACCUGUUGAUUGAGAUCCGUAACCGGCACAACGACGUGGUUCCCACCAUGGCGGCGGGGGUCAUCGAGUACAAGGAGAAGUUCGGCUUCGACCCGUUCAUCAGCAGCAACAUCCAGUACUUCCUGGACCGAUUCUACACCAACCGCAUCUCCUUCCGCAUGCUCAUCAACCAGCACACUCUUCUGUUCGGUAACGACACAAACCCUGCACACCCCAAACACAUCGGCAGCAUCGACCCCACCUGCAGCGUGGCUGAAGUCGUCACUGAUGCCUACGACACAGCCCGGAUGCUCUGUGAGAAAUAUUACCUAGCAGCUCCCAAGCUGAAGAUUGAAGAGUUCAACAUGAAGGCCCCUGAUAAGCCCAUCCAGGCGGUGUACGUUCCCUCUCAUCUGUUCCACAUGCUGUUCGAGCUCUUCAAGAACUCGAUGAGAGCCACGGUGGAGCUUCACGAGGACAACGAGGAGGGGUUACCUCCAGUGAAGGCCAAGGUCACUCUGGGUAAAGAGGAUCUCUCUGUGAAGAUCAGCGACAGAGGGGGAGGAGUUCCCCUGAGGAAGAUCGACCGUCUGUUUAACUACAUGUACUCCACGGCUCCUACACCCAGCCUGCAGCCAGGCACUGUGCCACUGAUAAUUAACCAUGAGUUCUCAUCGUCCUGUGUCUCUUUUCUCCAGGCUCUCUCCAGCGAGUCCUUUGAGCGUCUUCCCGUCUUCAACAAGUCUGCGCUGCGACACUACAAGACGAGCCCCGAGGCGGACGACUGGAGCAACCCCAGCCGAGAGCCAAGAGACGCCACUCCCUCUGAUCCCAAAAAAAAGGAGAGCAGCUGAAUAGUUCCUCACUGCCGAUGCCUUCAAACCUGCCAGUCUCCCUGAGGGACAAACCUGCAUUAACGAGUGUUAGACGCUCAGAAAAACUGUCCUUUUUUUAUUUAAAAUGCCUCCGCUCACCACCUGUAAUCACAUUUAACAGCUAAGUUUGAAUCGGUGGUUUUAAGAGGCGUCUUCAGUAGUCGUGGACCUUUACUGUUAAAGAUUACUUUGUGCAUUUUAGUAAAUAUUGUGUAUAUAACGUUGUGUUUGCAGUACAGUGUGGAGUGAUCUCUGUUUUCUAUCCUCCUGUACCUCCAGCUUUGUGCAUGAACCCCUUGCUGUGUAGGCGGUCAUGAAAAAAUAUGCAAAAUGGUGAGCAGUCUGAUAUCAGCACCAGACAAUAAAUAACAUUUUGCUGUUGUGUGCCAUUUUCCUGCAUCGUUUAUGUUUUGUUUGUUGGUUUAUUAAUGAACUGACUCGUGCUCCGUGCUAAAGUCUUGGCCAUCUUUAAUCAAGAGCUCUUGUUCGGGUCUCUUACCGUACAUGUGGAUUUAAACAUAGGUCACAACUAUGUGGCGACACCUUGUGGUAGGAGUGUGUAUCUAUCUAAUCAACACAGUUUGUUUGGAUAAAAAAACGAAAUGCACUUUCAAUUCACGUUUGGUUAUAGAUUUUUUUAUUUACAGAUCAAGCCGUUUGAACAUUGAGAUUUAAAAGAUAAAAAAAGACACACAUUCCCAAAGUUUGUACAUAUAGUGCAGAUUAACAUGUAGUGCGUACAGGACGUUAAGGUCUCUACAUUGCAUUAGAGUAUUUAUUGUAUGAUUGGAGAAAACAAAAGAGUUAUUACGUACAUCUAGCGACUAAAAACAUGAUGAUCCGGCUGCUGACAGUUCACCUGGAGGGCUUAUUGUUUAUUUCAAGUAUCUUCAGAGUCCGAGAGAAAGGCUGCAUCUCCAAGUUUGCCGGGUUUGAUGAACAGCUGACAUCAAAAUCCAAAGAGCAACGAUGUCUGCUAAACAUUGAGAGAUAAAACAUGGCAAACCUUCAAAUGAUACAUGGGCUGAACAUCCACAAAUGUUUCCUCUAAUACCUGUGAUAUUUGUGUGUGCUAAUGUGAUUAUUUAGGGAAAUUAGGGUGAUUAUAAUGACUCUCUACUAGUCUCAGAGACUUAGUUUACAUUCAAGAAGCUAAUAAAGUUUUAAGGAUCAAAA